UGUGGAGAGCGCGUGCAACGGGACUGAGCAUGGGAAUAUAGACACACACGGAGCGCAAGAGGAAUCUCCCCGCCAUCUCAAGGUGAUCCAAAGAGCCGUUUUCACUUGGACCAGCAUGCCAAAAAGACAAAUCUCCUUUCAGUACCUUCACUUUCUUGGAUAUUGAUCCAUAUUUUGAGAAAAUAAAAUCUUUUAAGCGGACUUUCACAGCUCCCUGAUAUCUGAAACACUCCACUGUUAGAAUAGACCUCGACAGACCUUUUAUUUGACCGUUUUGGCGGUUUAUUCGCAGAACAAAGCGUGACCGCGAGCAUUUGCAACCGACCCAUUGCGCGCCGGUGAAAGGUGGCAAUCUCAAAUAAUCUUUAUCCAGCGUUACACCUCUCCAAACAACCUUACACUGUACAGACAGCAAGCUAUGUAAGUCUGCAACCAAACGCGAUAUUAUCGCUUUCAUUUGACCACAAUGAGGACACAUUAUUGCGCGCGUAACUGAACUGUAAGUGAAUGACAAUUAGGCUUUUACGCAGUCAUUGCGUGCUAAAAAGGAAGCUUUGAGGGGAUCCCCGAGACACGAGAUGUUUUGUUUGAACCUGAGCACUCAAGAGGCAGGGAGGAAAGAUUUAAAGUAUACAGUUUGCUCUAUCCAGUUACUUAAAUGUUAAAUUAAGAGAGGAACAGUCUAUCCAUGCACUGACAAUUUCGAGUUCCCUUGUCAUUACAAUUUCUUUUUGAAAGACAAGUAAAAUAGAAACUCAUUAACACACAUAUUGUAACUUAAAACACAAUUUAUGCUUUCAUUAAUUAAGAAAAGGCACCAAAACUAUUUAAGCGAAUUAACUAUUAGCUCCCUUCCCAAGUGCAAUUCAAAACAAACAAACAAAUAGAUGUCCACUCUUUGAAAGCUGCAGCUUCACCUCAAUAAAAUGAUGUUUUUUAGACUACUGGCUAUUAUUCUUGCAAUAUUUCACACAUGGCCGCUGAACAGGGCUCAGCCAGAUCAUCUCCAGAAGUAUAAGCGGACACUGGCACAGAGAGCGAACCGAGCGCUUGCUGGAGAGCAGUGCGGCUCAAUCAGCCGCAAGCGACCGCUGCACUCCGCGGCGCAGCAGUACCCUCUAGCGGGCGUCGCUGGAAGGUACACUCGCCUGAUAGACUUGCACUUGAGGAAAACUAAAACGGUGAGGUCGUGUUCAGGUGAGUGCAGCUCUAGUGGCACAAAUACGGUUGCAUUAACUAACUUGGAUAUUAAUGAGAAGGUAAAAUAUGAGGAACCACAAGAAGAGACUUUCAUAUGGAAGAAAGCAGGUAAACAGCCACAGGAGGCCACUGAUCCUGGCUCUACUAAGUCACACAAACCCCUUCAAUCCAUAUCAAAAGGACACCCUUUACAGGCAGAACAGGGUGGUGAUUUGACAGACAGCUCGUUUUCACUAAGAAGGGUUGCACGGAGCCUUCCAGAGUUCAACAAAGAAGAAGUCCCAAAAGAUAUGCAGCGCACCCAUAUCCACCACACUGACUUCUCUACAGAAAAUGAAGAGUUAUCUGGGGAGCAAGAGGGGCUGCAGAGCACUGCUGGGGAGCCGUGGAGGGUAGAUGUACACAAUAUGCCAGCAAAGUGGAUGACAGCUGUGUAUUUCAGCGGUCAGGCGGAUCAACUAAAGGUGAACCCUGCGUUUGGCAUAGAACUGCCCCACUCUUGGUUCACUUUAGAGCUGUGGGUCAAGCCAGACGGGGGCCAGAAUAAUCCUGCCAUCAUUGCAGGCGUGUUUGACAACUGCUCGUAUCCCUUGAGCGAAAAAGGUUGGUCUGUUGGGAUUCGAGCAGUAGACCCUACGGGAAGAAAAGAUGGCAGGUUUUUCUUCUCCCUUCGCAUGGAUCGGGCACUCAAAUCCACCACUAUCAUUGCACACCAGCGCUACCAGCCCAACAGCUGGACUCAUGUGGUGGCCAGUUAUGACGGCCACAAGAUGGCGCUGUACGUAGACAAUUCCAAGGUUGGCGAGAGCAGAGAACAAUCAGGUGACCUAUACAGUCCCUACAUCAAAGCCUGUCGCAUGUUUCUGCUUGGUGGGGACCAGUCGGAUCACGAACACAGUUUCCGCGGGCAUUUGGGAGGUGUCACGUUAUGGGGUUAUGCGCGAACGCACGAAGAACUUCUUAAAGGUCACCAAUCCCAUGCAGAGAGACAAACUCCCAUCUUGUCCCAGUGGGCAGAUUUCUCAGAGGUUGAGAAUCAGUGGGCGCCCUACAAAGACCGUCACAACCCAAUCAUUGUGGCUCUUCCUGUCCCAGAGCGGCAGCUUGUUUCCCCGUUUCUUCCGCCUCCAUGUGGCAUGACCGUGUGUGACAAUGCCGACGUCGCCCUCAGUUAUAACCAGCAAUGGCAACUACAAGUCGAGAAGCACCUACGUUACCGCAUCGUGAACAUCUGUAAGGAUGACGGCAGCGACCCUACAGUCUCUCUGCAGCAGAUCCAGCUCCAACACCAGGCCUUGGAAGAUGCCUUCCGUCCUUACAACAUCACGCUGGAGCUCAGCAUUCACACCAUCUACAACUCUUCCCUUCAACGGCGCUUCGUCCUCAGCAACUGCCACAUUGCCAAGGUGGGGAACCGCCAUUGCAAUCCCGAGUGUGACCAUCCUCUUACAGGCCACGAUGGGGGUGACUGCUUGCGCAUGGGGCCCUGCUACAACUGGAAGCGGAGGGAUGGAGUCUGCAACCCAGAGUGCAACAGCAUUCACUAUGAUUACGAUGAUGGAGAUUGCUGUGACCCUGAGGUCACAGAUGUCGCAAAGACCUGCUUUGAUCCCGAGUCUUCUCAGAGGGCUUAUAUGAGUGUGAAGGAACUGAAGGAGCUGCUUCAUCUGAGCAGUUCAGACACGCUCAAUGUGUUCUUCGCUAAUAAUUCAGCACGCGAAGAGCUUGCUGGUGUUGCCACCUGGCCAUGGGCAAAAGAAGCGCUUACUCAUCAAGGUGGAAUGAUACUUAACCCCUUCUACUUUGGAACCAAAGGACACAACAACACCAUGAUCCAUGAGAUGGGUCAUAUUUUGGGACUGUACCAUGUGUUUAAGGGUGUGAGUGAACGCGAGUCAUGUGAUGACCCCUGUCAAGAGACCACCGCAUCCAUGGAGACGGGAGAUCUGUGUGCCGAUACUGCACCAACAACAAAGUCUAAAGUUUGUCAUGACCCUGAUCCAGUCAAUGACACAUGUGGCAUUACCCAAUACCAAAACACACCGUACAACAACUACAUGAGUUACACAGGGACCCCUGAUGUGUACCAGCCAUGUGAGCCCAGCAUGCAAGCCUGGAGUCCUGAAGUUAACCUGUAUGAGCCCAACAUGACUACGCCGUGCCCCCAGAUCGAGGGCUGCAUGCUGGAAUUGCACUUCCUUCACCCGGUUGUCCCAGACAGUUUGACCAUAUGGAUCACUUACACCUCAGCCAAUAAAAAGGCAAUUGCUAAUAUCGUGUUCAUAAUGGAGAAUGGCGAGAUGGUCCACACAGGUCCUCAACAUGCUUUCUGUGACAUUCCUUUGACCCUCCAUUUACAUACUAGUAAGAAGGUCAAGGCUGUUAAAAUCUCCACCUUUGAUAAGAAGCUUGAGAUCGAUGCUGUUUUGCUGACCUCGCGGCCCCAAAAUCCUCUCUGCUCCAGCUGCCGCCCCCUUCUCUACAGAGUGCUCAGAGAACCACCAAUCAGAGAGGACUGGAGUCCUGUCAUCGUCAAACAGCCCACAUACACUGACAGUGAUGUGCAGAGGGACGUUCAGUACCUGUACAGGAUCCAGGUGGAGUCGGACGGUUUGUUCAGUGAACUUUCCCCAGGCCUAGUUUACAUUCAUGGAGAACAUUUCUGUGGUGAUGGCACACUACAGGGGACUGAGGAUUGUGAUGACGGGAAUCUCUUAGAUGGAGACGGCUGCUCAAAAAAAUGCCAAGUUGAACCAGGUUUCAAAUGUCAUGGUCAGCCGAGCCUGUGCUAUGCUUUUGAAGGGGACGGAGUGUGUGAGGAGUUCGAAGUACGUUCCAGCAUCCAGGACUGUGGCUUUUUCACUCCCCAGGGGUUCACUGAUCAGUGGGCGUCCAUUGCCUCAGGCUCACAUCAGGACCAGAGGUGUCCUGCCUCGAAGGUCACCGGGGAGCCUGUGCUCACUCAGAUGUGUAAGUCGCAGUAUUUUGGCAUAAAUGAAGUAGUGGCUCAUGAUGCAUGGAGCCCCUGUACUGCCCAUCUGAACAGUUACUAUACUAAGGAUCAGCCUGUCUGGCUAAAGGUAGGAUUUGAGCGACCAGGUGUAGCAGCCUCUGUUAUUAUCUACCUUGCCUAUGAUGGUAGUUGGCAUGGGGAAAAUUGCAGGAAAACGGUGACCAUUGAACUAUGUGACACCACUGGAAAAAAACACCUGCUUGGUUCGUACGAGCUGUCAUGUCAGUAUAACCCCCUAGUGGUGAAUGUGACUCAUAACCUGAGUGUGCCGUUCUACCGGACUUCAGCAGUACAGCUGAACUUCUCCUCCUCUCAAGUGGCGGUGUUGGCGGUUGCAUUGCGUACAUCUUGUCACUUCAGCGCCUUUGCCCUGACCGGAUGUGUGCGUAGGCUGUGCAGUGCUGAGUCAUGCAGUCCUUUAAACGUCGAACACGCUUCAGUCCGUUGUACUCCAGUCAUAGACUCUAAACACUGCUCUGUUUCUUGUCAUCGUGGCUAUACGCUUACUGUUCUACAAGGCCAGGGACUUCCUUCUCAUCAAAUGGAAGCAGAGCUGAUUUGUGUGCAUGGAGUGUGGGACCGUGUAGUGAGCUGUCAGCCAGUGGACUGUGGCCCACCUCCUCAGUCUCAUGUCUACUUUGCCUCCUUCUCGUGUCCCUGGGGCACCACAUUCGGCAAGCGGUGUACCUUUUCCUGUAACGCCCCGGCGAUCCUGCAAGGUGAAAGUGACACUUUGGUUUGUCUUGAGGAUGGACUAUGGUCAUACCCAGAGGCUUACUGCAAGAUUGAGUGUCCGGAUCCCCCUUCCGUACCCAAUGCCUCGCUUCUAGUUCCUCAGUGUCAUGGAGGCGGGCAUGACGUGGGCACUGUGUGCCACUACAAAUGCAACCUGGGAUAUUACGUCACUGGCACGCUCAACAAAAAGCCGAGAAAGAAGUUUCUGAGGUUGGAGUGUUUGGAGGGUGGGAUGUGGCAAGAGGGCAGCUGUUCACCUGUCACAUGCCCUCCUCUCCCGCUGAUGUUUGAGGGCAUGUACACCUGCACCAACAAUUUGGACUUUGAUAGUAUCUGCACCCUACAGUGUCCUGAUUCAACAGAAAGGUCCAGCAUUCGAUGCACCAAAGAUGGCAAAUGGACUGAGGACUUUAUUAUGUGUAAGAAGAUAGAGGGACCGUGCCAGCCUCCUCUUGACCUUAACCUGGUGGAAUACAGCUGUGAGGAUGGCUUUGACGUGGGUGCCGUCUGUUACCCAACAUGCAUUGUGGCCUUGAGUGACCCUGUGGUGUUAUCCAAUGGCUCCAGCGCUGAUACAGUAGAACACUGGAUGCUUCCCAGCAAGGUUCAGAGUAUUGUCUGUACUGGCAUGUUGAAGUGGCAUCCGAAUCCAGGACAGAUCCACUGCAUUCAGUCCUGUGAGCCAUUCAGAGGAGAUGGUUGGUGCGACACCAUUAAUAACCGAGCGUACUGCCAAUAUGACGGGGGAGACUGCUGUCCAUCCACUCUCUCAUCUAGAAAGGUCAUUCAGUUCGGGGUGGACUGCGAUCACGAUGAGUGCACCUGCCGUGACCCCGAAGCCGAGGAGAACAAGGGCACAGCCAAGCGAAAGGAGCCAGGACCGCUGUGAAAGCUCUCAGACUGGCUUGAAAAGAAAAUGUCAAACAAUAACCUGAAUGUUUCUCACUCCACAUGAGUGCCAGGCUGAUCAAAGGCAGAGUAAAUCAAAGCAUAUAAGUGCAUAAAAACAAUCCUCUUCAAUAUUAAUCUAUAAAAUAAUACCUAAUAUUUUUUCAAGAUCUCUAACAUAGAUGUAGAUAUGACCCAUAUUUUAGCCCACAUGCAAUUAUGUACACCAUCAAACACAUACUCACAAAAGUUUCAAGUGUAGCUGAUUUUUAUAUUUUAUACAAAUAGCUCUUGCUUGUUGUGAGCCACAUUCAAUAUUGUUUCCACCUAUAUGUCAUUAAUACAGGUAUACAAAGUGCUUAUCUCAGACUGUCAGUUCUUUCAAAAUUUGAGAUUUCAGGGUUUUUUCCUCUCAUCGUUAUUUUAUACCCUGUACAUGUAAAACCUGUGAAAUGCAUGUGAGAUUUCAUUUAUAGCAAUUAUAAUGGAAAUAUAUGAUACUAUUUUUGUAUGCUCUUCUGUCUGUUAAAGUGUAGGUUCACGGUCAUAUCAAUAAAGUAUAAAUACAC